GAACAGAUCAGUUUGAUGGUAUAUUUGAGAUGUAUCCAACAUCUAUCAAGAAGUUGUACGUCGUGGACGGCGGCCUCUCUUUCAACUCGCCAUUCCCUCUCCUGCUCCGACCUCAGCGAGGUGUCGAUCUCAUUCUCUCCUUCGACUUCAGUGCACGAGCCUCGGACACUACUCCUCCAUUCAAGGAGCUGAUGUUGGCCAUGAAAUGGGCAAGGUUAAAUGAUGUACCUUUCCCAGACAUUGACCCAACAGUUGUAGAUCGAGAGGGGCUCAAGGAAUGUUAUGUGUUCGAAAAUCCAAAGGAGCCAAAUUGCCCUAUUGUGAUGCAUUUUGUUCUGUUAAAUACCACCUUUAGAGAGUUCAAAUCCCCAGGACGUAGAAGGAGAACAAAAGAAGAAAAAGAUUAUGCAGACUUUGAAAUUUUUGACGACCCGAAUCGGCCAUAUUCAACAUUUAACUUCAAAUACGAAAAACUAGCAUUUAAUCGGCUUGCUGACUUAAUGGAGUUUAAUACGCUGCUGUGUAAAGACAUGAUAAUCGAGAACAUCAAAAAGUGCAUCAAACGCGUCGAGCGAUUUAGUUCAAUGAAGAAAAAGCCAAUCAUGUUAAAAGACAUUAAGAAACUACAUCUCAAAAGAUCAAAGGAGAAACAGCUUGAGCAUUAUGUGAAAUCCAUUGACCUUGACGACGGAGAUGUCCCGUUAUAACAUUGUGAACUUACAUCGUCCAUUUACAGCUAAAUAAAAUCAAUUUCGGUACAUGUUUAUGGAACAAAUAGUGUUGUUACAAAGAGCGGUACUUACAGAUUGGUAACAUAAAUUUAAUGCCGCAUAGUUUAAAA